AUGUUGUUGUGGAAGCAAAACGAACACAGGUCCGCCUUCAUUAGAAGAACGGAAACUGAAAACAUGAUUUCAUCUUUUUGUCAUUCAAUGCCAAAACCCAAUCUUCUAAUUGUUCCUAUACUUGAACAACUUGGUUUUGCUGGGGUAGCAAAGCUAAGGCAUCUUAAGGGAUUUGAUGAUGAUGAGGAGGCAACAUAUUUGAAGUUAUUUCCAUUUUCUCUGAUUAGGAAAGCAAAAGAAUGGUUGAAAUCACAUCCAAAUCAGAGUCUAACAAACUGGAGUGAUGUUGAAAGGAAAUUUCUAACUAGAUUCUUUCCACCAUACAAGUUUGAAGAUGUAGAUCAGUUGAAUACAUUUUGCAAUGGUCUUCGGCCUGACACUAAAAUGAUUUUGGAUGCUGCUGCUGAUGGAACAAUGAUGGUAGUAGAUGCAGAGCAAGCCACAAGAAUAAUUAAUGCUCUUUCAUCCACUGAUAGGAAAGCUCAACAUAAUAGAAGGAUUUAUGAAAGAGUUGCUCACAAAGAAAAGAAGAUUCUCGGAGGAGACAGUGGAGCUAGAGACAGGAAAAGCUUUGUUGGAUCUAGGAGUAAGUAUCAACUUGAUGCCAUUAUCCAUGUUGAAAAGGAUUGGAGAGGAAUGACUUUGCAACUGGCAGAUAGAUCUAUGAAAUUUCCUUAUGGUGUAGUAAAGGAUGUCUUGGUGAAGGUAGAUAAAUUUGGAUUUUUAGUUGAUUUUAUCAUCAUGGAUACGAAAAAAGAUGUGGAAGUUUCUCUAAUUUUAGGAAGGCCUUUCAUGAAGACUACCAAGGUAAUUAUUGAUGUAGAUGAUGCCAAACUCAAAACACAAUUGCACAAGUCCAGUCAAUUGGAAAAAGCUUUAAUUGAAGCUUAUCAGGAUUUAAAUAAAGAAGAGGAAAAGGAGAUUGAAGAUUGUUUGAAAAAUCUUGAAUCCUCUAAAGAACUACCUCUACAUGAAGCUCACCAUGAAAAUUUUCCUCAAGAAGAGAAGAUUGAGGAGCAAAAAUUAGGGCUGAAAAUGUUAUCAUUACAUCUUAAGUAUGUGUUUCUUGAAAAUGGAUGGAAGAAGCCAAUAGUAAGUAGCAGUGCAUUAUCAAAAGGAGAUGAGGAAAAAUUGAUUUUAGUAUUGAAGGCAAAUGAAGGAGCUAUAAGAUGGACUUUAUCAGAUCUUAAAGGUAUUAGUCCUUCUUAUUGCAAACAUAAGAUUCAUAUGAAAGUAGAUUUCAAGCCAGUGGCUCAACCUCAGAGACAUCUAAAUCCUACCAUGAAAGAAGUUGUAAAGAAGGAAAUGAUGAAACUAGUGGAUGCUGGAAUGAUCUAUCCUAUUUCAGAUAGUGUCUGGGCUACUAGAAAAGAUCACUUCCCUUUGCCAUUUAUGAAUCAAAUGUUGGAGAGAUUAGCUAGACAAGCCCUCUAUUGUUUCUGGAUGGAUACUCCAGAUUUGGUGGAGAAAUGCAUAGAAGUAUUUAUAGAUGACUUCUCAGUUUUUGGAUCAUCAUUUGAAGAUUGCUUGACAAAUCCAGACACCAUCUCCUCCAAGGGCAUUGAAGUUGAUAAAGAAAAAGUAGAGGUGAUUAAGAAGCUACCACCACCAAUAAAUGUAAAAGGAAUCAGAAGUUUCCUUAGGCAUGUUGGGUUCUACAGACGAUUCAUUAAAGACUUUUCAAAGAUUGCAAAGCCACUUAGCAAUUUAAUCAAUAAGGAUACCCCUUGUAAUUUUGAUGUUGAAUGCUUGUAUGCUUUUGAAUUACUCAAACAAAAAUUGAUUUCUUCUCCUGUUAUAGUCGCCCCUGACUGGAAUUUAGAUUUUGAAUUAAAGUGUGAUGCAAGUGAUUAUGCUGUAGGGCCUGAAUUCGAUUUAGUUAUGAAGGAUAAAAAGGGCAGUGAAAAAUUUGUUGCUGAUCAUCUAUCAAGAUUAGUGAACCAGGAGGUGACCAACAAAGAAAUAGAAGUGAUAGAGGAGUUUCUAAAAGAAAAACUUCUCUUGGAUGAUCCUCAUCUUUUUAAACUAGGAGCUGAUGGACUAUUAAGAAGAUGUGUUGCAUUAGAUGAAAUUCAAAGCAUAUUGUGCCAUUGUCACAGUCCUCCAUAUGAUGGGCAUUUUAAUGGAGAGAGGAUUGCUGCAAAAGUCCUCAAAUUUGGAUUUUAUUGGCCCACUUUAUUCAAAUAUGCACAAAAUUAUGUCCAACAAUGCACUAUAUGUCAAAAAUCAGGUAGAAUUUCAAGAAGGCAUGAAAUGCCUCUUUCAAGCAUCCUAAAGGUAGAAGUAUUUGACUGUUGGGGAAUAGAUUUUGUAGGACCACUUCCAGCUUCAUAUUCUAAUGAGUACAUCUUGGUGGCAGUAGACUACAUAUCAAAAUGGGUUGAAGCUAUCGCAUUUUAG